AUGUCCUUGGAGGGGCCGGGGAGGCUGCUGGGGCAGGAUGGAACACGGGGAGCCCCCACAUUCCCUCCGGGGAGACCCCAGCGAGUCCUUAGCAGCCAGCAGGCACAACAGACCAUGGCGCUGCCACCGCUGCGGCUCACACCACGCAGCCCCCGGGCCCCGCCAGCGCCCCGGCUGCUUCAGCCUUUUGUGCUCCCUGAAACCUUCUACCCCCAAGGCUCAGCCAACCUGUGCCAACUGCCCGGGCAGGAGCAGCCCGUCCCCGCAGCCUGGGCACCCCCAGCGCAGGGAGCACCCCAGGUCCCACCACCAGGUCUGCAGAGGGCUCCAUGCGGCUGCUUCUUCGACCCCCGCAUCUUCCACAUCCAGUGGACAACCACCAACCUGCCCCCACCGGCCACCGCCACGCUCGGCCACGGUGCUGCGUCUCUGCCGGGUGCUGCCCUGUGGGACCCCGGGACCCUCCAGGGCCAACUGCAACACCUUGCACCCUACAACCAUCAGGGGACAGCGGUGGCCACACCCCCCCAGGUGCUGCCAUGCAUCCCCAGCUGCCAGCUCAUCAACAUCUCCAGCACAGCCACCCCCGCAGGGACAUCCCCGGGCAGCAGCGUCCCCACCAGCCCCUCUGCUGCGCCCCACAGCCAAGCCCUUGGGGACCCGGCCGGCGACCUUGCGGUGUCCGAGGAGGUGCUGCUCGAGGAGGCCCUAAGGCUCUUUGGCUGCUCCCUGAACGCGGUGGGAGUCAGCCAGGAUGGUCCCGGCAGCAGCCCCAUGCCCGAGGACCCUGGUGACACCGGCGCAGCCAUUCCCCACUGCGACUUCGCCUCGCUCUUGCUGCCCGAGGAGCUGCUCAGCCCCGACUACAGCAUCCCCGAGACGGCCGAUGCCAUCCUGAGCCUUGAAGAACUCCUCGCCAUCGGGAUGGAGCCCCAGGACCUGCAGGAAGAGGUGGACAGGGACCCGCCACCGUCCCCACCUGCCGCGUCAGAGAAGCAGGGGAAGCAGCGGGGGAAGAGCACCCUGCCAAAGCCCCCCAGAUGA